GCCAUGGUGCGGCGUCAGCGAUAGGACUGUCAGCGGUGAAGGGCUAGGCGUGGACUGAAAAACAGAAUUAGGACUGUUUACUCUUUGGGACCACUAGUUGCCUUACCGUUUCGUAUAAAUGUGGAACUGUAAACCAGCCGACAUUAUGAGACGACAGUCACGGUCAUUUGUUUGCAUAAAGGGACAGCAAGUGUGCCUAACUUCAGCAGCAACUCGCGGUUGCUAGCUAACUUGCUAAUGAUAGCCCUGUAGUAACGUGAGUAAAAGCUACGUUAACCAUCUAAAUUUAACGGUAGCCAGUCAAGUCAGUCGUUUGCUGUUACCAAACAGAAAGAGCAAUUCAAGAAGACAAAAAGACACUAAACGGACGGACUGGUGCCAGAGGAUAACGCGUUUCUGCCAAAACUGAUGCCAUGGAGUUAGAAAACACCAACCACUCCCCUGAAGACAACCGGAAUGCUGAUCAAACUCUCCAGUCCCACCAGAGUGCAAAAAAACUUUACCGCCCAUCUUCACUCCAAAAACAGAAACAGAGCAAGGGCUUUCGUGACAAGAGCCAGGAUGCAGAUGAAAAGGAGGACUGUGCGGAGGACAGGUCCAACACCCGAAUCUGGGACCGAGACCCAGACCAGGAUCGGAUAUCAGACGGAGAGAAACGGAGAAGCAGCGGGUCAUUCUAUUCGGAUGAUUAUGAGAAUGAGUCUCCUUCAGAGCGCUCCCUCUCUCCGUUUUCCCAAUCCCGAACACCAUCACCUGCCCCGCAAAGAGGGGUGCGUGCAAAGAGGAUGUCCAACAGCCCUCUCUACAGGACUGGCGGUGCGGGGCGUCGGGGUGUGUCUCGCUCUCAGCGUCCAGGUGGCCAACCCCAGUCUCAGCAGCACCGCUACGCAGGGCGUUCACAGAGCAAGGACUCCACGCCCCCGAAAGACCUGGACCUUGUUACCAAGAGGAUGCUGUCAGCCCGCCUUCUAAAGAUCAAUGAACUGCGCAACGCCCUCGCCGAGCUACAGCUUCGCACCGAUGAGCUACAGAAGGAGAAUCGUAUCCUCCGACAGCUGCAGGUGCGUCAGGAGAAAGCCCUGCAGCGCUAUGACGAUACCGAGAGCGAGAUCACCCAGCUGCUGACGCGCCACGCCAACGAGACACAUGCACUGCGCGAGAGGCUGCGACGAGCUCAAGAGCGGGAGCGGGCAGCCGAGCGGCGCCUGAAGGACAGUGAGGAACAGCUGCAGAGGAGCCAGCUGACUGUGGCCCGGCUCAAGAAACUGGUUGACCAGCAAGAGCUGGGACCGAGGCAGGAGCUGAGCCACAGGCUGGAGGAAGAGAAGGCACGGGGCCAGGACGCAGAGCGCAAGAUUAAGGAGCUAGAACGCAGCAUGGAGCUGAGCAAUGGCAGCUACCAGAGGCAGCUGGCUGCAGAGAGGAAAAAGAUGCUUAGCACUCAGGGGGAGAUCAGGGCCUUGCAGGAGGAGCUGGAACGACUGGGAAACAAAUUAAAGGAGAAAGAGAGAGAACUGGAUACCAGGAACAUCUACGCCAACCGCAUGGUCAAACCCUCAUCUAGAAAAGACGCUGACAACGGGACAAAGAGGAAGAUUAGCAGCAGGAAUAGCACCAAGGCAGUGCAGACAGAAGACAAGAUGUAUAGUCCAGAGUUCCCCAGCCCUCCACCCGACAUCACCGAUGGCUUUGAGUUCAGUGAGCAGGCGCCUGAUGACUACCUGUCACUCAAGGAGCUUGACAAAGUGAAUGGCAGACUGGCAGAAACAGAGGAGAGGGGGGAUAGGGACGGGGAACAGCAGAAGAUGAGAGACAGAGAAAAAGAGAGAGACAGGGAAAGGGAGCCGGAGAAGGAGAAAGAGCGGGAGAAAGAAGACAAACAGCGACUCAACCAGGAAUCGAAUGUCCUUGAAGAAAAGGCAAAGAGACCAAGAGAUGGUAAGAACAGCAGGGAGAGAGAAAAGGAGGAAGAAGAGAGAAAGAAGAACCAGAAAGAAAAAGAGAACAUUGGGAAGCAUGGCCAUGUUCAGGAACAGGUGGAAAGGUGGAACCAGGAAGCUCUGGGCAGUCAGCAAGCAGCAGAGAAGGAGCAACACAAGAAAGAGCAGCUACUGGCUAAAAUGCACGAAAUUGACUGUGAAAACCAGGCAGGCCAGGAGCCCAUGUUUGCUGAGGCCGGUCCCUCCAAGUCCAAUCAGGGUGGCCGUUCUUCCUCCCGUCUUUCUGAAUCAAGGAACCAGAAUUCUACCAUUUUCACUUUGACAGAAGUGGAUGACUUGGGGAGUUUGCGUGCCGGUUCUGCAAGCAAGGAAGGCGGGAGGAGAAGAGCCGGCGCAGAGGGAGGAGUGGCAACAACAGCGAUGGGAAGAAGAGGUAUGCGGGCUCAAAUCUCCAACGAAGACUUUGCAUUUGGAAGCUAUGCGCCUUCUUUUGGACAUCCGAGCGGCCGAGGCUCCUCUGGCUUCCCUCCACCUCCACCUCCACCUAAAGAGGACAGAGACUCCGUGCUGGAAGCAAUAGGGGUUUUCAGUCUCAGUGGGUUACAGAAGGAGAAAGAAAAGGAGACUGAGAGAAAGGACGGGAAGGAAAAGAAGUCUGACUUAAUGCAGCAGCUGUUUGGAACGCUGGCCACCCCUACUGGUGACAAAGCCAGCUCCUCCAAUAAAAUGGAGAUCCUCAGCAGCCCCCCAACUACCAAUGGAAUACGCUCAAGAAGGGAGGGACUGCUCCAUUUGAGCUCAGAGUCCUCCUCUCCCAUCAAUCCCCUAACUCCUAGCCUAAGCACCGUGCACGUGGCCGAGAGCAGACCUGCCAUCCGUGCUAUCCCCUCAUUUGAUGAUGACAUAGAGGAACUCACUUUAUGAUUUGCAGAAAAAAUGAUAAUUCUUGAAUUGGACAGUUAAGGAGGUAGUCGGCCAGCACAGCUGUCAGUCACAGCAUGAGGCAUCUGGAGGUGCUUUCAACAAUAUGUGAUUCUGAGUGAUGAUGGUUAUUGAAGCAGAUGAGUCCAAAUCUGAAUACUAAGAAAUGGUUUCCAUUCAUUUUCAAUGUAAUGAUAACUAUUUAAAAAUUCCUAUAAACAAACUGAGAAGGUACAAUUCUGAAAUAUUUAAAUUGUAAAUAUGAAUGCUGAUUGAGUAAAUCUGUAAAGGUGCUGGUACUUUGGUGCAACAGUGUCUUUGGAACUGCAAACAAGAUGUCAUACACUCAGGUAAGUGUGUGUGUGUGUGUGUGUCUGUAUGUGCGCAUGUGUGUGUAGAUGUACAUGCAUGAUAAAUAUGUAAAAAUGAAAAUUAAACCUUAUAUCAAAGGCUUUUUUUAACCCACUGAUUCAUUUUAAUGCUACUUGCACUUUUACCUGUUAGUGAAAAUACAUCUUUUUAAAAUGACCUUUUGAUUCACUUUUGUAUGUUAUUGACAGUGACAAAUAAGCUUGAGCCAUGAAAAUACUGAGUCCUCUCUUACAAUAUAUACAAUGUAUGCAAAAGCAUAUCAGAGAAUUACAUCAGAUAAUUAUGUAUCAUUAAAGAUGGAUUUUAAAAUGUGUUUUUACAACUGUUCGCCAAAGAAAGAUGAAUGUUCGGCAGCCGUCAUCCCGCUGGAUUUUUUUUUUUUUUUUUAAAUUUUUAUUAUUAAUGUCUGUAACCUUUAUUAGAAGAAAAGAUGAUAGUCCCUAUGGAAAAAAAACCGUUAAAAUGUUGCUGAAUAAUCAAGAUAUUGUAAAAGACAGUACAAUCUGUGUUGAUUUAAACAGCAGGUGGAAUGGAAAAGAAUCUAUGUGUUGGAUUAUCACACACAAAUCCCUCCCUCCCUGUCUUACCUCUGAAUGAUGGGAUGUGUCUUACUGACGGUGACAGGUCUCUUUCAGACAAUCAGUAAACCAGUAGAGCUACCAUCUAAUGGUAAAGUAUGAGUAGAUAGUCUACUGUCUGGAUGUUCUCGUUUAAAAUUUAAUUUAGAUUAAGAAUAUAUAUAUAUAUAUAUAUAUAUAUAUAUAUAUAUAUAUAUAUAUGUGCAGAAUAAUUGAUAAAGGUGUUGUGGUGUCUCCCUUUAUUUAGGUUUUCUGUGUAAUGCGAAUGUCUUCAUGAGGACGAGUAGUGUGACUGGUAACCUCAAACAGGAGGUUCACAGUACAAUGACAUGUUAUUUUAUUUUAUUUUAUUUUAUUUUAUUUUUUUUAACAAUAUUUCAACAGGCACUUAUUGUUUUGAUCGUUGUGUUGUUGUUGACUGAUUUUCUUCGUUUGACCUUUUGUACAGUUGACUGUUUGUAAAGUUUAUUUGCUGGAUUUCAAGUGUGAAAAUAAAUUAUAGCCUGAUACAAGUAAA